AUUACCAUUCAAAGUUAGGUCUGAUCAAAAUGAUUCAAGCUGUGUUUGGAUUAAUUUUUUUGAUUUUAAUAGUAAACAAUGGCCAAGUUAUAGAAGAUAAAAUCUAUUUUCCUGAUGAUAAUGUUUCAUACAAACGACAGCCCGAUUACAAUACUCACGUAAAUCAAGGAAAUACUAACAAUAACUAUCAAACCUAUUCAAACAGCCAAUUUUUGGGAAAUACAUAUGGGAAUAACAGUAAUAAUAACCAGCCAAAUAAUUAUCAGUCAAAUAUCAAUACUCAAGCUAAUUUAGAAAAUAAAUAUGAAAAAACUUACCAAAAUUAUCCUCAAGUUGCAAAUGCACAAGUUAAUUUGGAAAAUGUUCAUAUUCAUAGUGGAUUAUCAACUUUAGCUCAUACAUUAGACGAUAAAAUUAGAGAAAGAAAUCCAAGUUUUAAAAAUACGAUUUUGUCUCCAGUUUGUAUUGGAGAAAUUUUAUCUUUACUAAUGUUUGCAUCCAAUGGAAUAACAAAAUACGAGCUAGCAAAUAUUUUUGGAUUAAACAGCAAUAGUCUAAGCUAUGAGCAAGAGUUAUUUUAUCAUAGCGAAUUUGCAAGAUUAAUUUAUACCUUAGAAUCGUCAUCGAAUAAUAAUGUAUUUGUAACAACCGCUACAGCACUCUUUGUAGCAGAAAACGUCCAUGUGAAUCGAAAUUUUCAAAAUACUAUUUCAAAUAUAUAUAAAACUGAAAUACAGAAAUUACAUUCAAAACUUAAUACUGCUGAUAUUAUUAAUAAUUGGGUAAAUCAGAAGACAUAUGGAAAAAUACAAAGAAUUUUGGAAGAUAAAUCGUCUAAUGAUACUGUAGUUUUAGUUAGUACUUUAUAUUUUAAUGGUCUUUGGAAAACACCAUUUACAAAUUUACAAAGGCGUUACAAAUUUUUCCCCGAUGGUGCAAAAAACAACAACAAUAUCAUCUAUGUGGAUAUGAUGGGAUGCCUUGAAAGUUACAAAUAUUUCAAAGAUGCAGCCCGUGAUUUCCAGAUAAUCGGAAUUCCGUACAAAAAUGAAUCUACAGUAUUUUAUGUGGUACAACCUUUAAACUCAAAUCGACAAACAUUACAACAAAUCAAAAGUUAUUUAACACCACAAAACAUUGAUUUAGUUCUUUCACAAAUGAAAAAUAAAUUUGUGAUGUUGUCAAUACCCAAAAUGAUACUCAGCGAAACCAUGGUUCUCAACCAACCAUUAAAACAAAUGGGUGUUCAAACAUUAUUUAACAAUAAAGCUGAUUUAUCUAACAUGUUCCCACCAUCCGAAAAAUGGUUUGUAGAUGAAAUACUACAUAAAGUUCAAAUGGAAAUUACUGAAACGGGAACAGUAGGUACAGCUGCGACUACUGCAACAUAUGCUAGAACUGUUGGCUUAAAUUUUACUUUGAAUACACCAUUUAUGUUUUUUAUUCGUCAUGAACCAACUAAAUUGAAUUUAUUUUGGGGGUUAGUUCAAGAACCAACACCAAACUAUCCUAGUCCAUGAGUUUAUUUUGCCUUACAGCGUAUAAUAUAUCCAUGCAUUUUUUUAAUUUAUAAACUAACCAUCCAUUGUUAAAAAAAAAGGAUUCUAAAUUGGAUCCUCUGCUCGAUACCUUUCUUGAUUUUGAAUUAUCGUAUUGACAGAUUGACGAGCGGACAAACGGAAAUGGACAAAUUAGGUGAUUUCAUGAACACCUAUACUAAAAUUUUGUUAGUCCCAACAACAUUUCUAAGGGUUACAAUCUUGAAACUAAAUUUAAUAUAUCUUGAUAUAUUUCAUAUAUAAAGGGAAUAAAAAUGCAUAACAUGAUCAUGACUUUAGAUAGUAAAGUGUUGGUCCAGAAUGUCACAGGUGAUUUCAAUCUCCGCUAGAGUCCCCUUUUCUUGAUAUUUAGGAAGCAUUUAAUCUUUGCAGAAGGAGAGUACUUGCUGGAUAUAUACUUACCAAUAAAAACUUCACUUUUCACUUUUACUGAUGAAACGAAAUAAAUAAAAAUUGGAAAAUUUUAGUCAAUUUAUCCUGAAUGUUUAAAAAUUUGAGAACACAAACCUUCUUUCUUUGUCUUACUUGUAUGAUACUCACCUCAAAUGGCUAUAAUGCAGUACAAAUUUUUUGUGAAGUGAAUUUUACGCAAAUGAAGAGUACAUUUUGAGUUAUUCAAUAAAAUAAUUUUUUAGCCAAUGGUUGUAAAUAGCGAAUAGUACUAAAUUCUUCGUAAAACUGCUCAAACUAUUUUAAUACAUAAGCGUUUAAUAAGACUUGCCAGAAAAUUCGAAAAAAUAAUCUCUGCUCAGUUUCUCGGGUGCUAUUAAAUUAUAUACGCAGUAAAUUGACACAUCAUAAUCAAUGUCGUAGUCAAACACCAGGACAUUCGAUGACAGCUUUCGUAAUAAAUUCUAUCCAAGAAUUGUUUAGUGUAUUUGGCUAAGCAUUCAUUUAAAGUACCAGCAACGAAAUACAAUCAAAAAUAAUGUUUUAGUUAAAUAAUCAGAAAAAAAUGGUAUCGCGAACAGACCAAUACUCCUUUCGUUUCCUGCUAAGAUAUUAUCAAGCGCUACCCGUCUCAAUACAAUGGCAUCUUGCUUUAUAUUGAUCAAUACAAACUUAAAUGUAUUACAUAAACAUAUCGUUAAUUGAACAUCGUUUAUCGAACUCUCCAAAUUCAAAUUAGUAUCUUGGAGUGCCAGAGAAAAGCGAUUUUUUUAAUUAAGAAAUAAUUGCCCAAAAGCUAAUAAAACUUUAAAGUCAAGUUGAAUAAUUAUGAUUUUAUUUUUAUUAUUAAUGAUAGAAAUGGGACUUAUGUCAUGUAGAUGUCACUAUUUAUCCACCCUUAUACGUAAGAAUGUAAGAAAAAGGCUGCGGUCGUGGGACCCCCUCUAGGAACGAGCUUCUUUUACAUCAAAAAUUAGUUAUGCAUAUACAUACUACUAGUUUUUGGCGUGAAUAGUAUAAAAAUGCAAAAUUCGUGUACUAUAAUAAAUAAAAAUAAAGUAAAAUAGGUGAACAUAUCGUGGUUGCCAUGGAUAUGACACACACAUAGCAUACCUCACACGGUUACGUGACGACUUCCAUCAGUAUGAUGUAAUUACUACGUUAGUAAGUAGCAUAUUCAACUGAUUUACAUGCAUUCUAUAUGUAAAAAGGUGGAAACCGAUGACAUCUUUAUUAUUAAAAAGGACACGUGUUCAAUGGGCAGUAUUGAAAUAAAUUUUCCCUAAUAAUACUAGCAGAAAACGUGAUCAAAAUCGUAACCAAUUUUGUAGGGGGUGGAAAGCAACAUAAAUAAAUAAACAUAGACGACAAAGUUUAAUUUUUGAACAAUGUCCAUAUUAUAUUUGUUUUGAAUCCCACAUACACACACGGCACGUUGUGAACCUUGUCUUAAAUAUCAAUUGUAUUGUUUUUUUUUUUUGUUUUUUUUUAGUUAUUUAUUUAAUUAAUUAAUU